AAGACCUUCCCCUUUUUCAUAAAUACAGGCAGUCCAGGAUUUCGCAGCUUGUUGCUCUAUUAGUUCUCUUCCUAGUAAUACGGCUUCAGAAGACAAAACAAAAUUCAUUAAGAGAUGAUUAAGAUCAUUGUGGUGCAUUAGAUCCACAUGCUGCAUGUCUACAUUUUAAACUGGAAUUACUUUUUGGAGAAUUAAUUUGACUUUUUUUUUUUUUUACUACUUUCAAAUACUUUUACCAAGACAGGAAAAUGGCUUUGACCUUUUUUGUAAUUUUCUGGAUUCUUCUACGAAGCACCAGCUGCCAGUUUCAGUGUGUCCCCAAAACUCUUGAUGACUCGGAUUUUUACAUUAAUGUAACGGAGCACAUUACAGUGAGGUCCACCAACUGUAUUCAGAUCCCACAUGAAGUGACUUUUCCACGAGACAAAGUGACAGUCCCGUACAAGAAGAUGUUAUUUAAAGGAGAUCCUUCAAAUGUUGUUGAUACAAAAGUUGUCGAUAACGUGAAUGAUGACGCAAAGAAUACUUUCUCAAUAACUACGCUUCCACCUGGAGAACACAAGUACGGCGUCAAACUUGAAUGGGGAUGCAAUCAGACGUAUGUUUUCCCUAAAAGGAUUCACAUUUCCGCGUUAACAACUAAACCAACUGUUCUGGCUUCUUUGAUGGAGGAAAGACAGCAGACACAACUGACCUGCUUGGCUCCUACGCCAUGCACUGGUAAAGUGUCUUUCUUAUGGAAAUGGACAAAUGCUGAUGGACAAUCUAGAAUGAUGGACAGUGACCUCGACGAUUACGAUUACAUGCGGUGGCAUGUAAGAUUUGGAUCUAGACAUAGAGGCAGAUAUGGUAUGAAAUACAGAGGUGAAAAUGAUUUACCUUUUCUUCCAACGGCGGAUCAUCACAACACCAACAUCACAUGCAUAGCAACAUACGACCACGAUGUUGCUGAGGCAACUGUCACCUUGACUGUGAAAUUCUCACCCAGAAUCCUGAACAGCUCUCAUUGCACAGUUAAAGGGGAGCUGCUUCUCUGUGUGUGCAUCAGCUGGGGCAAUCCUGUGCCACCGAUCUUUUGGCCUUCGGACACCCUCACAGAUUACUCGGUGACCAGUUUUAGCAAUGCUCAGAGAGUAAGCAGCACCCUCACCAUGCCUGCAGCUAAAUAUCACAACGCCACCGUUAAUUGCAUGAGCAGAAAUGAACUCGGUCAGGCGGAAAGUGCGAUCCUGAUUCAAAACUCCACAGAGCACGACGGGGUGAACUCUCUUCCAGAACCAAGCGAAGGGUUUUGCUCCGCUCUUCCCUGGCUAACAGGACUGUGUUUCGCUCUGAACCUUGUUUUUGUGGCUGUCUUCAUCUGUAUUUACCUACAGAGCAGAAAACAGCAGAAGGAAUCGCGUGAAGAAGCAGACACCUACGCGACUUUGAGAAAAGCAGAUAUGGAUGAAGCGUACAGCACUAUUUCCCCACAAAGGAAAUAGAUGAAGUAUGCAAGUCACAAUUUUAGCCCUGUGAAUAGCAGGAAGUAACGUGUCAUGUUUUGUUUUUGUUUUUAAAGUACAUACCAUGUAUUUAAAAAAUGCUGUUUAAAUUAUGCGUUUUAGUGACCUACAGUCCAAUAUGCCUCAUUAUGCCAAAUAUGUUUAUGAUAGCCUUAAAUAUGAGGUGAGAAGCUCUUUAUGGGAACCCCGAAAAGAGCUGCUACUAAUUCAUGUAAAAAGGAGGAAGAGGAACUUUGUCAGGCAUCUGAUAAGGAUGCUUGAAUCACACUGAGCGUUUACUGAUUGGUUGUUUCUAGUUAGCACUGGGAGCAAUGGGAGAAGGCAGAAGAGCUCCAUUUUUUUUUCACAGUUUGUCUCAUACUUUACUGUGACGACAUAGUGACAGGUUCAAGAAAUAUAUAGAAACAUGUUUUUUUAAAAGUGACAUAUCUGAACCUUUAACGCUUGGCCAUCUUGCUUCAUUGCUUUCUGUAAUACUCUGUGAUUACCAAAUUUAAAUGUCAAGAUGAAACACAGCUAUGGGACUUAAGAUGAUUAAAUUAAUCAGAUAUUCAUGACAACGCACCCUAAUUUGGUUAAAGACUCUUUUCUGUGGUCAGGACUUCCCAUAAUCUGCAGUGUACUCCAUGUGAAUAUGGUGUGAAUAAAGCUGUGU